UUUUAAAGUCAACAACCACCUCCUCAUCUAUCUGCUCCACUCUUUCCUUUCUCAUUACCCUAUUAUCUUCUUCACCUUCCUUCCUCUUUCAACUGCUAAAAGGAUAUUCGUCAAUGGUUGAGUCUGCCCAAAGACAAUGAUGGAGGAAAUAAUGGCCAAUUGGUCUCCAAUAUUAGAUGAUGAUGGGUCUCCUUUUCUCAUGCAGCCAGAGCCAAACAACACCAUAAUUAGAGCAGUUUCAAGAGACCAAGCCUUUAAUUAUAGGUUCAUCUCCAACAUUUACUCAGGCCCUACCAUCUCAGACAUUGAAAAUGCUUUAUCUGUGACCACCAACAAAACAGAGCACUUUUCAGCAUCAGCCAGAGUUUCCAUUUUGGAAAGGAAUUUGAGCAAGAUUGAGAACAAGUACACCCUGAAAAUCAAAUGCUUCGGCAAUGGGAUGGGUGAUGAUGGAUAUAAGUGGCGGAAGUAUGGACAGAAAUCUAUUAAGAAUAGCCCAAAUCCUAGGAGUUACUAUAGAUGCACCAAUCCAAGGUGCAGUGCGAAGAAGCAGGUUGAAAGAUCCAAUGAGGACCCUGAGACUCUUAUCAUCACAUAUGAAGGGCUCCACCUCCACUUUGCAUACCCAUGCUUCCUGGUGGGCCAACCACAGCAAUCCCAGUCCCACCCACCAGUCAAGAAGUCCAAGUUUACCUCUUCACAAGUCCAAGCCCAGGCCCAAGCCCAGGACUUCAUAGUCAACGAAGCCCAAGCCAGUGCUUCUGUGGGCCUGACAUCACCCACGCUGCUGAACUCUCCACAAGACAUGGCCCAACAAAAUUUGGGCUCACAAGGGUUGCUUGAAGACAUGGUGCCAUUCAUGGUGAGAAACCCCUCCAACAACCUCAACAGUGGUUACUCGAAACUUUCAUGUUCCGCAGACCCUUCUCCAACAUCACCUCCUCUGUGGACUUCUGGUCAUUCCACCUCCUUUCAUACCGUUGGCUUGAAUUCAACCACUUAGAUUAUAUAUAUAAUGUAUAUGUAAAGAUUUAGAGACUCAAUAAUUUCAUCGAGGAGUUGUUAUUAUUAUUUUGUUUAUGUUAAUGUAAUAAUGCAUCAUAUGAGAAUAUAGUUUUUUAUAAUGCAAGAAAA